AUGACGAUCAUACCCCAACGUCAUCACUUGGCUUGCAGUGCUGGCAAGAAGCCAUGGAUCUUCGUUUUAUGGGUGAACCUCUGCUGCCCAAGACGCCUCACGUCUACGUUCAAUUUUCCGCCUCUGGUAAAGUUUUUGCCUCUAUGCAAGAGCAAAACCAUUUCCCCUAUGCUGCCCAUCCAACAUAGCAACACUUUGAAGAGUUUCUACUCAGAAUUCAUCCGCUUAUGGUUUCCAACCCGAACAACAAGCGUUCUUCAUGCGGCAGUUCAGGAUCCCUUUAAUGUUGUGACGGCCAAGCUUAUCCUCGAACGCGGAGCUGACCCUAACGCCAUCGACCAGAACGGACGAACUCCGCUUCACCUUUUGGCUGGAAUAGACGACAUUUAUUGGGAACUUAACGAAUCCAUGUUCAAGACUCUGGUGGACGCAGGUACACAUCUUGACAUGGCCGCAGAUGAUGGUAAAACUGUUCUCGAUGUCUUGAAGCGAAAUGUGGCAAGAGUCACCACCGAAGCCGAGUCAAUCAACCCAUAUUUACAUUCGGUAUCUGGUACCGUGUUCCCACUAUCUUGCUACUGUGCACGAGUUAUCGGUAAGCGUAGAAUUCAGCAUGACGAAGAUCGCCUUCCUCUUCAUCUCCAAGAAUUUAUGUCUCGUCAUUGCGCUGCUCAAGAUUCAAUUGAUCUCUCUUGAAAGAACGAC